UCCGCUCGGACUCGGCCCCCGGCCCGCCCCUUCCAGCCCUAGGCGCCUCCUGCCCGCGGCUUGGCGCCGCCACUUGGGCGCUAGCUGCCGGGAGGCCGGCCCUGGGCCACCGCGCUGGCGCGCUCGACCCGGGACUGGGCAGGUUUGGGACGUCCGUCUGCCGUCGAUCGGGGAGAGUUUCCAGCCCCGCGGCCCCGGAAUGGGGCGGGCCCUGCUGCCGCUCCUGCUGUGGCUCUUCCUCCGCGCGCUCGGGAGGGGAGCUGUUGCAGAGGUGAGAGAAGAAACCAUGCCUGACCUGCCAUUGCCAGGAGGCCUGCAAGCUGACCACACAUCAUUUUCCCUUCCUCACACCAGUGGGUACCAGGUGGAGCCUGCCUUGUUUUCACCAGCCCAGCCUGGACGAGCCCAUACAGAAAAUGCAGCUCAUCCUGGGGUGACCUCUGCUGGAUCAAAACUCCUACCGCCUCUUGCAUUUAAUCAUACAAUUGGCCACAUAAUACUUUCUGAACAUAAAGAUGUCAAAUUUAAUUGCUCCAUCAAUAUACCUAACAUGUACCAGGACAUUGCAGUUAUUUCCUGGUGGAAAGAUGGGAAGGAGUUGCUUGGGGCACAUCAUGCAAUUACUCAGUUUUAUCCAGAUGACGAAGUUACAGCAAUAAUUGCUUCCUUCAGCAUAACCAGUGUACAGCGUUCAGACAAUGGGUCAUAUAUCUGUAAGAUGAAAAUAAACAAUGAAGAGAUUGUGUCUGACCCCAUCUACAUCGAGGUGCAAGGACUUCCUCACUUUACUAGACAGCCCGAGAGCCUGAAUGUCACGAGAAACACAGCCUUCAACCUCACCUGUCAGGCUGUGGGCCCUCCUGAGCCCGUCAACAUUUUCUGGGUUCAGAACAGCAGCCGUGUGAAUGAACAGCCGGAAAGAUCCCCCUCUGUUCUAACUGUUCCUGGUCUGACCGAACCAGCAGUCUUUAGCUGUGAAGCCCACAAUGACAAAGGGCUGACCGUGUCCAAGGGUGUGCAGAUCAACAUCAAAGUAAUUCCCUCCCCACCAACUGAAGUCAGUGUCUACAACAACACGGCACACAGUGUGCUGAUCUCCUGGGUCCCGGGUUUUGAUGGAUACUCCCCGUUCAGGAGUUGCAGCAUUCAGGUCAAGGAAGUUGAUCCGCUGAGUAAUGACUCUGUCAUGGUUUUUAACACCUCUGCUUCACCACAUCUGUAUCAAAUUGAGCAGCUGCAAGCUCUGGCUAAUUACAGCAUUGGUGUGUCCUGCAUGAAUGAAAUUGGCUGGUCUGCAAUGAGCCCUUGGAUUCUGGCCAGCACAACUGAAGGAGCCCCAUCAGUAGCACCUUCGAAUGUCACUGUGUCUCUGAAUGAAUCUAGUCAUAAGGUGGAUGUCAGAUGGAUCAAGCCUCCAAUCAAGCGGCAGGAUGGGGAGCUGGUGGGCUACCGGAUAUCUCACAUGUGGCAGAGUGCAGACACUUCCAAAGAGCUGUCUGAAGAAGUUGGCCAGAAUGGCAGCCGUGCUCAAAUUUCUGUUCAAGUCCACAACGCGACAUGCACAGUGAGGAUUGCUGCCAUCACCAAAGGGGGCGUCGGGCCGUUCAGUGACCCAGUGAAAAUGUUCAUCCCCGCACACGGCUGGGUAGAUUUUGCCCCCUCGUCAACCCCAGCACCUGGCAAUACAGAUCCUGUGCUCAUCAUCCUUGGCUGCUUUUGUGGAUUUGUUUUGAUUGGGUUAGUUUUAUAUAUUUCUCUGGUCAUCAGAAAAAGAAUCCAGGAGACAAAGUUUGGGAACGCCUUCACAGAGGAGGACUCCGAAUUAGUUGUCAAUUAUAUAGCAAAGAAGUCCUUCUGUCGGCGAGCCAUUGAACUUACCUUGCAUAGCUUGGGAGUCAGCGAGGAACUGCAAAAUAAACUAGAAGAUGUUGUGAUUGACAGGAAUCUAUUAAUUCUUGGAAAAAUCCUGGGUGAAGGAGAGUUUGGGUCUGUGAUGGAAGGAAAUCUAAAGGAGCAAGAUGGGACCUCUCAGAAAGUGGCCGUGAAGACCAUGAAGUUGGACAACUUUUCUCAGCGAGAGAUUGAGGAGUUUCUCAGUGAGGCAGCGUGCAUGAAAGACUUCAACCACCCAAAUGUCAUCCGACUCCUAGGUGUGUGUAUAGAAAUGAGCUCUCAAGGCAUCCCAAAGCCCAUGGUGAUUUUACCCUUCAUGAAGUAUGGGGAUCUGCAUACCUACUUACUCUAUUCCCGACUAGACUCAGGACCCAAGCAUAUUCCUGUGCAGAUACUACUGAAGUUCAUGGUGGACAUUGCCCAGGGAAUGGAGUAUCUGAGCAACAGGAAUUUUCUUCAUCGAGAUUUAGCUGCUCGAAAUUGCAUGUUACGAGAUGAUAUGACUGUCUGUGUUGCGGAUUUUGGCCUCUCUAAGAAGAUUUACAGUGGUGAUUACUACCGCCAAGGCCGCAUUGCUAAGAUGCCUGUGAAAUGGAUCGCCAUAGAGAGUCUUGCAGACAGAGUCUACACAAGUAAAAGUGAUGUGUGGGCCUUUGGCGUAACCAUGUGGGAAAUAGCAACACGCGGAAUGACUCCAUACCCUGGAGUCCAGAACCACGAAAUGUAUGACUAUCUUCUCCAUGGCCACAGGCUGAAGCAGCCCGAGGACUGCCUGGAUGAACUGUAUGAAAUCAUGCAUUCUUGCUGGAGAGCUGAGCCCUUGGACCGACCUACCUUUUCAGUGUUGAGGCUGCAGCUAGAAAAAUUCUUGGAAAGUUUGCCUGAAGUUCAGGACAAAGCUGAUGUCAUUUACAUCAACACACAGUUUCCCGAGAGCUGUGAGGACCCUGGAGAGGGCCCCGCACUUGCUCAGCUAGACAUGAACAUCGAUGUGGACUCUAUCAUCGGUUCUUGUGCUCCCAGCGCUGCCGUCAGUGUGGUCACGGCAGAGGUUCACGAGAAUAGAGCUCACGAGGAGAGGUACAUCCUGAACGGGGGCAAUGAGGAAUGGGGAGAUCUGGCUUCUGCUGCUCCAGCAACAGGCACGACAGGAAAGAACUGUGUUUUACCAGAGGACAGACUUGUGAAGAAUGGAGUCUCCUGGUCCCAAUCAAGCACGCUGCCCUUGGGGAGCCCGUCACCAGAUGGACUUCUAUUUGCUGACGACUCCUCAGAAGACUCGGAAGUCCUCAUAUGAGGAGAGCCAAAAGAGACAUUUGCAACUCAAGAAAAUUCUGCUUUAGGAGAAUCCCUAUACACUCCAUGUGUUUGGAACUUGUCUUCCUUACCAGUCAAGUGCCAUGGCAAUAAAGCACCAGGUGAAUGUUGUCAAGUAAGUCAUCAUUAAAAAUACAUAAUAUAUAUUUAUUUAAAAAGAAAAUACAUAUAUAUGUAUAUGCUGGGAAGAGACAAAGAUCUAUUUUAAUAAAACGUGACUUAUUUCACUUGCUUACCUUGCAGACCUAAAAUUUCAGCUUUAAUGGCCUCAUCUCUACAGCUGUUCCCUGAUGUUAACAUUUGCACAGUCAGUGUUAUUUUUUUUAAGUUCUUUUCUUUUUUCAUGACUAUUAAGUGUAAAAAUAAUUUGCAAAAUGAAAUGCUAUAUUUGACUUUGCUUCUGGUCUUAUGAAAGAUCUGAUAAUAUUACAUGAAUCAUCUAUUUGAUAAGAAUGAUUUAUUUAAUAUUUAAAGUUUUAUAACUGAUUAACUCUUUGAUAUGACUUCCUAAUAAAAUAUGAAGGAGAAAGGA